UCUUCAUGUGUUAAAUUUCCCUCUCUUCUCUUAGGCCUUGGUCCAAAUCAGCAAACCUUCCCCUGCUUCAGUUUUUUCAAUCUCACUAUAGCUGGUUGAGAAUUCUCAAUUGAACUUCCUCUUCAUCAUCUUUGACAUCGAUCAUCAACAAUGUCCUGCUUAGAGGUUUCCAAAGAGGGGAAGUUCAAAGAAGAAGCAGAGGAGGUUACUCUUGAUGGGAGUGUUGAUUGGCAUGGCCGGCCUGCAAUUAGAGCCAAAUCAGGGAGAUGGGUUGCUGGAACCAUCAUUCUCUUGAACCAAGGACUAGCAACCUUAGCAUUCUUUGGAGUAGGAGUUAAUCUAGUGCUGUUCCUGACAAGGGUGUUAGGACAAGACAAUGCUGAUGCUGCUAACAAUGUGAGCAAGUGGACUGGCACAGUUUACCUCUUCUCUCUUGUGGGUGCUUUCCUCAGUGAUUCUUAUUGGGGAAGGUACAAAACUUGUGCCAUCUUUCAAGGCAUCUUUGUACUGGGUCUAGUAUUCUUGUCCCUUUCAUCAUACCUCUCAUUGCUUAGACCUAAAGGUUGUGGGAGUGAACUGCUUCACUGUGGGAAACAUUCAAGCUUGGAGAUGGGGAUGUUCUACCUAUCAAUCUACCUCAUUGCCUUAGGGAAUGGAGGGUAUCAACCAAACAUUGCCACAUUUGGAGCUGACCAAUUUGAUGAAGAGCACUCAAAGGAAGGUUACUCAAAGGUGGCAUUUUUCAGCUACUUCUACCUGGCUCUGAACCUUGGUUCACUUUUCUCAAACACCAUUCUGGGCUAUUUUGAAGACGAAGGAAUUUGGGCUCUUGGGUUCUGGGUCUCUGCAGGCUCUGCCUUUGCAGCACUUGUGUUGUUUCUUGUUGGGACACCAAGAUAUAGACACUUCAAACCUUGUGGCAAUCCACUUUCAAGAUUCUGCCAAGUCCUUGUUGCUGCAUGGAGGAAAUUGGGAGUUCAGAUGACAUCAAAUGGAGAGGACUUGUAUGUCGUGGAUGAAGAGGAAUCUUCCACCAACAGCAACAACAGAAAGAUUAUUCUCCACACCCAUGGAUUCAAGUUUCUGGAUAGGGCAGCAUACAUAUCUUCAAGAGAUCUAGAUGACAAGAAAGGAGGCUUUUACAAUCCGUGGCGUCUCUGUCCUAUAACUCAAGUUGAAGAAGUAAAGUGCAUACUAAGACUUCUUCCAAUUUGGCUAUGCACCAUAAUCUACUCAGUAGUUUUCACACAAAUGGCUUCUCUUUUCGUGGAGCAAGGUGCCGCCAUGAAAACUACAAUUUACCAUUUCAGAAUACCCCCAGCAAGCAUGUCAAGCUUUGAUAUCCUCAGCGUAGCAGUCUUCAUCUUCUUCUACCGCCGCGUCAUCGAUCCUCUUGUGGGAAAACUUAAAAAAACAAAAUCCAAGGGACUCACUGAGCUUCAGAGGAUGGGAAUUGGGCUUGUCAUAGCUGUAAUGGCAAUGGUUUCAGCAGGAAUAGUCGAAUGCUACAGGCUCAAGUACGCAAAACACGGCACAAGCUCUCUAAGCAUCUUCUGGCAAGUUCCUCAGUACGCACUCGUAGGAGCAUCUGAGGUUUUUAUGUAUGUAGGACAAUUAGAGUUCUUCAAUGCUCAAACACCAGAAGGGUUAAAGAGCUUUGGAAGUGCUCUUUGUAUGACUUCAAUCUCACUCGGGAACUAUGUGAGUAGCAUAAUUGUUAGCAUAGUUAUGAAGAUCUCCACUCAGGAUCACAUGCCAGGGUGGAUCCCCGGCAACCUAAACAGAGGUCACCUAGAUAGGUUUUUCUUCCUCUUAGCUGCAUUGACAUCACUGGACUUGAUUGCAUACAUUGCAGUCGCAAAGUGGUUCAAGAACAUACAGACGGAAUGCAAACAUGACGAGGAUGAUAAGAUUGGUAACUUAAUUAAGGUCUAAUUCGCAGUGUGUCCACAGAAAUCAAAGGCAAUGGUAACAGCAGCAUAUAUAUAAAUAAGAGAAAAAAGGGAGCAACUAGUCGAAGUAAAUUUGGCUAUAGAGAAGCCCUUUUUACCCGAGUCUCUUGUAACUGUAUUCAGUUUUUUUCUUUUUUCUCUUUUACUCCUAACUAGGAAUUUCAGUUUCUGUUCUUGGUUCAAGGUUGUGUAAAAAUCAACAUUUUGAAGAGACGAUGACAGUUCCAGGGCCCUUUUGAGCCUCCCUAGUUUAAUGUAUGCUCCAUUGUUAAUAUAAUGAAACAUGCCAUUUUCAUUUC